AUGAAUCUAAUUUUUGACAUAAAGCUAUCUCUUACAAUCACAUUAUUGACUAGCAUCAUCAUCGCUAGUCAACUACAUCCCUCAGAAAAAUCUCCUCGCAAUCUACACAUCGGGGGACCUAGUGUUCUAUCAAUCGUACAGACUAAGCCACAUUUUCCCCGACUAAAGCGCUACUUACCACUCGUGCCUGAUGAGACUACUACUUAUCUUGCAAACAAAAAGGUAGACGCACUACAAUUAAUAACAUCCUCUUUCGCCGCUGCACAAGAGUAUCCCCUAUCGAGUCCAUCGGUGAUGCGAAAUCUUACAUCAGUCUCCGCAAUUUUCAGUGUAUCUGAAAUUCAUUACAAUUUCUCAUCCCGGACACCGGACGGUGUAUUUGUACAGGAUAUCUCGGUUUCUAUUGACAAAGGACUCUUAUCUUGGCGAUGUGGAAUUAAUUAUCGCCUCCAACGAGUCGAAGGGAAAACCCAAACUGGGUUAGGUGCGGUUUCUGCAGGAGAUUUCGAAGGUGGCAAGUUUGUUAGUAGAGAAGACUUUGCUGUUAAUGCUGGCCAAACUGUCAUGGCCUCUAUCAAUAGCCAGCAGUCGUCCAAUCAAACUGUAACAAAUUGCUACCUCAAAAACAUGGAUUCUAAUCAACAAUACAACUCGACUUCCAGACUUACUGAAUCUUCUGAGUCUUAUCAAUCUCCAAUUCUAUGGGAUCAUAUCCACUGGGGAGUGAUACAACAAGCUACGCCAGGCCUCCCAACACCAACUUUCCAAAACAUAUCCUUUUGGGACCUGAAAUCAGGUACCGAUAAUGGAAUGAUGACUUCACCACGUAAUCGAACAGACAUAGUCUCUACAUUUAAAGAGAGACCUCAAAUUGGCUUGGUUGAUGACAAUGCGACUGCAUUCCAUGUCUAUUGGCAAGAGAACACAUUCACUACGGGAAUUAAGACGACCAAUACAACUUAA